UCCGUCCAACUUACUCCCACAAUGUUUAUCCAUUCACCGCCAAAACAUUCUUCAAAGUUCAAACAACACACAUUCAUGAACCCAAUAAUUCUUAUUCUCUCAUUACUAAUCACAUCAUGCAUGUUUCUCCGAUCGGAAUCCACAAGCAGAUCCGAUUUCCCACAUGGGUUUACAUUCGGAACCGCCUCAUCUGCUUUCCAGUUUGAAGGGGCAGUUGAUGAAGGAAAUAAAGGAGUUAGCAUCUGGGAUACUUUUUCGAGGAUACCCGGGAGGAUAUUGGAUUUUAGCAAUGCGGAUCAGGCGGUUGAUCAAUAUCAUCGAUUUAAGACGGAUAUCGAAUUGAUGAAGGAUCUGGGAAUGGAUGCAUACAGAUUCUCAAUAUCAUGGUCAAGAAUAUUUCCAAAUGGAACAGGCAAACCGAAUCCACAAGGGAUCGGAUACUACAACAACCUCAUUGAUUCCUUGUUGGAGAAAGGAAUUCAGCCCUAUGCAACUUUGUAUCACUGGGAUCUUCCGCAAAUGCUUGAAGAUGAAUAUGAUGGAUGGUUGAACACUCGAAUAAUAGAGGAUUUUAAGCAUUAUGCGUUUACAUGUUUUGAGGCGUUUGGGGAUAGAGUGAAAAACUGGAUAACGUUUAACGAGCCUCACGGAUUUGCAAUUCAAGGAUAUGAUUACGGAAUUCAAGCGCCCGGACGUUGCUCUUUUCUUUUCCAUUUAUUAUGUAAAAAGGGAAAAUCAGAUGAGGAACCGUAUAUUGUAGCUCACAAUAUUCUCUUGUCUCAUGCUGCUGUUUAUCACGGAUACCAAAAACGUUUCAAGAAAAAUCAAGGAGGUCAAAUCGGGAUAUCAUUAGAUAUAAAAUGGUACGAACCGUUCUCCGACUCUGACGAAGAUCAACAAGCGGCAAAUCGAGCAAUGGAUUUCGGACUCGGCUGGUUUCUUGAUCCUCUUUUGCUCGGAAACUAUCCUCUUUCUAUGCAAACACAAGUAGGUGACAGGCUACCCGAAAUCACUCCCGACGUUUCGGAAUUUAUCAAGGGAUCGUUGGACUUCGUUGGCAUCAAUCAUUACACCUCGUUAUAUGCUAAAAAUGACAAAACGCGUAUCAGAAAAUUUAUACUGCGAGAUGCUUCCACGGAUGCCGCUGUCAUUACAUCAACUUCUAGAAACGGAGAAUCCAUUGGAGAAACUGCUGCUUCGAGUUGGUUACGCAUCGUGCCAUGGGGAUUAAGAAAAGUAGCGGUAUACAUCAAAGAAAAAUACGGGAACCCGCCGGUGAUCAUCACAGAAAAUGGUAUGGAUGACCCGAACAAAAGUAACAUAGAUUUAGAGGAAGCACUUCAAGAUGAAAAGCGGAUAAACUACCACAGGGAUUAUUUAUCUAACCUAUCAGCCGCUAUUAGGGAAGAUGGGUGUGACGUUCGGGGCUAUUUCGUGUGGUCGUUACUUGAUAACUGGGAAUGGAACUAUGGGUAUACGGUUCGGUUUGGACUUUAUUAUGUUGACUACAAGAACAAUUUGACAAGGAUCCCCAAGUCUUCUGUUAACUGGUUCAAAGGUGUUCUGAAAUCUGAUGGUUAUAUAAACCCAUUAGUUGUUUAAUUUGGACCUCAUGUAUAUGUUGUAUAUUAUACCCAUAUGGAAGUGUACAUGAUGAACAUAAACAUACUUGUUUAUCAAGUUGUAAAGUUGAAAAGAAGUAGCACUUUUUUUAAGAGUGCACUUUGUAAUUUGUAUCAAUUUAUCAAGUUGAAAAAAAUUGGCGUAUUUGUUA